AAUAUCGCUCUACAUUUCUUGUAACAAUUAGAAGUAAUAUUGCAGCCACCAACAAUGUUGCUUCCAUGCAAGCCCUUCUACAAAACAUGCCAGCAGGCUUUGUUCUUACUUGUCAUUGUGUUACUUUCUUCCUUCCAAUUCUUGGCUUCGACCCCAUCUACAACUUCUUUCACUUCUGGUAGGACUAAUGAACCACAGGCCCUUCUCAAAUGGAAAGCCAGCCUCUCCAAACACAGCCAAUCUUUCCUACCUUCAUGGGUCAUCGCCAAUGGGACUUGCCAUUGGGAAGGAAUCGCUUGCAGCAAAUCCGGAAGCAUUGUCGGCUUGGACCUCUCGAGUCAUGGUUUGAGAGGUACACUUCACAGUCUCAACUUCUCAUCCUUGCCUAAUCUCCUUACUCUUAAGUUAGGAAAUAAUUCGCUUUCCGGAACAAUCCCUUCUAACAUCAGCAACCUCUCCAAACUUACCACCCUCAUUUUGUGGUACAAUAAACUCUCAGGAAAUAUUCCUUCCGAGAUAGGCUUGCUGAAUAGUCUUCGUGUAUUUUAA